CCUUUAAGGGCCUCCCCCUCCCUCUUUCUCUGCUCCCCCCAUCUCUGUCGCAGCUGCGGCUGUGGCUCAGAGCUGCAUGGGGAGACGCCGCUGCAGGUCCGGUUUCUCGGUGUCUGGUCGGUGCCAUCAUUUUCCUGCCCCUCCCCCGUCCUCCCCAAGCUGGCCACUUCCCCUCUCCCUCCCCCUCCCCCUCCCCACCGAGGGGGCAGGGGGCUGGGCACGGAGUCUCUAUGAUGAUGCCAUGUGCGGUGUCUGUGCCAGGCGGCGGGGACUGGGGCGGCAGCGAGAGGAGGCAGUGGAGCCAGGAGAGCGGUGGUGACCGCUGACCGCUUGCCCGGCUGCUCCUCUGCUCCCUCCCGCCCACCUCCUUCCUUUGGGGCUGGCACCCAGACCCACCCCCACCCCCUCCCCGCCUCCUCGGGCCCUCCCAGCCUCUCACGUAAGCCUCCCCUCCCCACCUGCCUGGUGGCUCCCUCCCCUCCCCCAUCCGCAUCCUCCUCCUCCUGUCCCCUCUUCCUCUCUGUCCCUCACCAAGCCAUCCCCUCUUCGCCUCUCCCCGUCCCUCACUGGCCUGCUCCUGCUCCCCUUCUCCCAUCCUCCCCUCCUCCGUCUCUGCCCAGCCAGCCCCCUCCCGACUCCCCAGUUUCAUCGGACUCCCUGGCCCCAUCCCGUCCCCGCCCUGGCCCCUUUGUGCCCCUUCCCGUCGUUUUCUCCCUCCUUCCCGGGCUUGGCGUCCCUUCUCCACCCCUAACUCCUUCCGCUCGGCCUCCCUGCCCCUUCACGGCCCGCCUGCCUCCCUGCCCAAGUCCUGAGCCACCAUGCUGACCCCGAUGGUGGCUGGGGGGGUGGUGUUCCCCGGACUCUUCCUCCUCUCCAAGAACACGCUCCAGCGGCUGCCCCAGCUACGCUGGGAGGAGGCCGACGCAGUCAUUGUCUCAGCCAGGCUGGUGUCCUCUGUCCAGGCCAUCAUGGCCUCCACUGCUGGCUACAUCGUCUCCACCUCCUGCAAGCACAUCAUCGAUGACCAACACUGGCUGUCCUCUGCCUACACGCAAUUUGCUGUGCCCUACUUCAUCUACGACAUCUACGCCAUGUUCCUCUGUCACUGGCACAAGCACCAGGUCAAAGGGCAUGGAGGGGACGAUGGAGUGGCCAGAGCCCCGGGCAGCACGUGGGCCAUAGCGCGUGGCUACCUGCACAAGGAGUUCCUCAUGGUGCUCCACCAUGCCGCCAUGGUGCUGGUGUGGUUCCCGCUCUCAGUGGUAUGGCAACAGGGGAAGGGAGACUUCUUUCUGGGUUGCAUGUUGAUGGCAGAGGUCAGCACACCCUUCGUCUGCCUUGGCAAGAUCCUCAUCCAGUACAAGCAGCAGCACACGCUGCUGCACAAGGUGAACGGGGCCCUGAUGCUGCUCAGCUUCCUCUGCUGCCGGGUGCUGCUCUUCCCCUACCUGUACUGGGCCUACGGGCGCCAUGCCGGCCUGCCCCUGCUGGCCGUGCCCCUGGCCCCCCUGCUGGCCGUUCCCCUGGCCAUCCCUGCCCACGUCAACCUGGGCGCCGCGCUGCUCCUGGCCCCUCAGCUCUACUGGUUCUUCCUCAUCUGCCGUGGGGCCUGCCGCCUCUUCUGGCCCCGCUCCAGGCCGCCCCCAGCCUGCCAGGCCCAGGACUGAGGCCGGGGGCCGGGACCCUCCCCCUCCCCACCCCCACCCCCGUGGAGACAGGGCUCUGGGGCUGAUGGCUGGGGUUGGGAGCCAGGGUCCUCUUGCCCGGACAACCCCAGGACUGACGAUGACCCCGAAAGGGAAGAGGCCCCAUCUCUUGGGGACUGAGGGGGUGGAGAGAGGGGACCUCUUCUCCCUACUCUGCCCCCUUCCUGCACACCCCUGCGCUGGAGGAGGGGAGGGGGCACCGCCUCCCACCCACUGAGGGCAGGAGGGCUUGUGGGGAGGGAGACCAACAGGGUUUCAAGGGGACCAGGAGUCAGAAUGUGGGGAGACGCCUCUGCCAAGGCCAUCCCAGCCCCUAUGCUGCCAUCCCCCAGGGCUCCCCAUCACCCGAGAGGAGAGGACACCCCAACUAACCCCCGCUGGCCCUCGGGCCUCCUGAGUGGCCAGCUGCAACCACGGCUCCUCUCCAGGGUAGGCCAGCUUGAGGAAUCUUAUUUAUUUUAUUUAUUUACCCAAAUUUGAACUAGUCUGUUGGGUUGGGGGAAGGAGGUGGCUGCUACCCCCAAGCCUUCCCAGUGCUGACAACCCUGGGGGCAGGCGAGGGCGCCCAGUCCCUCACCAUCGGCUGCACAUCGCGCCCUCGGGCCCUGCCACGUCCCUGGUGCUACUGACCUCUCAAGGCUUCCUCCAAUCUGGGGUCGGGGGACCCUGGGAGGUGCUUUACAGACCGCUAAUAAAAGACAAUCUGCGUGAACGCCA